AUGAGUACAAAACAUGGAUUUUAUUAUAAAGAAGGACAUGAAGAACGAUUAUUUAUUGAUUCAACACCAGUUAAACAAGUUAUUGAUCGUUUAUCAUCACCACCAACACCAUUUAUACUCUAUAGUUUAAAUCAAUUUCAACAUAAUGUUAAUACUUAUCAACAUGCGCUUAAUGAUCUUGCACCAAUUCGUGCUCGAUUAUCCUAUUCAAUGAAAGCAAAUUAUAAUCCACAUUUAUUAUCAAUAUUAAAAUCUUCAAAAGUAAUGUUAACUACUGUAAGUGGUGGUGAAAUGCAAUUAGCUUUAUCGAAUGGUUUUGAACCAUCAAAGAUAAUUUUUAAUGGAAAUGGUAAAACUGAUGAAAGUAUUCAAAUGGCUAUUGAAUCUGGUGUUUUACUUAAUGUUGAUAGCUUAUUUGAUCUUGAAGUUAUACUUAAAUAUGCACGUCAAUUAAAUAAAAUUGCUAAUGUACUUAUACGUGUCAAUCCAAUAUUAGGUGAUUCUAAUGUACAUGCAUAUAACACAACUGCAUCAAAAACGAGUAAAUUUGGUACAAGUAUUGAUGAUUUAGAAUCAAUUUAUAAAUUAAUUGAAGAUAACCAUGAUAAAUGGAUACGGUUAUUUGGUUUUCAUUGUCAUUUAGGUUCAACCAUAUCUAAUACACAAGUCAUUGUUGAAUGUGUAGAAAAAAUGAUUAAAUUAUUUGAUAUGAAACGAUUUCAUCAUCUUCGUUUUCUUAAUAUUGGUGGUGGAUUGAAUAUUGAUUAUAAACGAUAUGCUAAUCGUACAGCAAAUGAACCUGAAGAACAUAUUUCAAUUCCAACUAUUGAAGAUUAUGUUCAAGCAAUCAAACAACCUUUACAAUCAAUUCCGAAUUCUAUUGAAAUAAUUGUUGAACCUGGACGAAGUUUAGUUGCCAACACCUGUGUUAUUAUAACACGUGUACUUGGACAAAAACAAACAGGUCCAAUACGACAACUUAUUGUUGAUGCAUCAAUGACUGAAUGUAUUCGUCCAGCUCUUUAUCAAGCAUAUCAUCAUAUUGAUACUGUUAUUUCAUCACCACAAGAAGAACGUAUAGCUUAUGAUAUAGUUGGGCCUGUAUGUGAAAGUGGAGAUUUUCUUGGUCGAGAACGAUGUUUACCAAAGAUAUUACAACGUGGAGAUUUUCUAGCAAUUUUUGAUACUGGUGCUUAUUGUUCAAGUAUGAGUUCAAAUUAUAAUAUGAGACCACGACCAGCUGAAUAUACAUUAGAUGAACAUGAACAAAUAAAAGUUUUAAAAAAACGAGAAACAAAUGAAGAUCUUUUACGGACUUAUUGUAUUGACUAG